UAACGUUGGAUGCCAACGAAGAAAAAUAAUUAAACCCUACAGAAGAAAAAUAAUUUUCACGUGUAGGUCUCGGAUCAGUUUAACAGUUUUCAAGACAUCAGGAACUUUUCGUGAAUUACGAACAUAGAUCAAUUACGCAAAAAUGGAGAGGGAGGACAAACCCAGCCUGCUGCUCUCCUUCCACACUGAGCCCAAACAAGAAUCACUGGAUUCUGAUUGUGAAGCUCAGUGGGCAUUGAGGGAUUCAGAGAUGACAUCAGUAAAGCUGGAGGACAAAAGUCAAACACUGUGGCUGAAUGUUACCAUUAAAGAUGAAGAGGAGGAGAAGAAUGUGGUUAUCAUUAAUAAUGGAGAGGGAGAUUUACUCACUCAAGAUGGGAUUCCUGAAGUGGAGACACUUGGAGAGAAACAACAGGAAGACUACAAUCCUACGGAGUCUCACCACUGUCCCCAUUGUGAAGAACAUUUCUCAUCUCUAUCACUGUUAAAAAAACACAUUAAGAUACAUACUGGAGAGAAGCCGUACUCCUGUUUUGACUGUGGGAAGAGUUUCUCUCGAUUCGAUCGCCUUAAAAUUCACCAACGCAUACAUACUGGUGAGAAGCCUCACUCCUGUUCUGACUGUGGGAAGAGUUUCUCUCAAUUAGGUGACCUUAAAGUUCACCAGCGCAUGCAUACUGGUGAUAGGCCUUACUCCUGUCCUGACUGUGGGAAGUGUUUUAUCUCAUCAUCUGGUCUUACCAGUCAUAAAAUACUGCACACGGGUGAGAGGCCUUACUCUUGUUCUGACUGUGGGAAGUGUUUCUCUCGAUUACGUUACCUUAAGGUUCACCAGCGCAUACAUACUGGUGAUAAGCCUUACUCCUGUUCUGACUGUGGGAAGAGUUUCAUCUCAUCUUCUGGUCUUACCAGUCAUAAAAAACUGCACACAGGUGAGAAGCCUUACUCCUGCUCUGACUGUGGGAAGUGUUUUGCUUCUACAUCUGAAAUUAAUUUGCAUAGAAAACGGCAUACGGGUGAGAAGCCUUACUCCUGUUCUGAAUGUGGGAAGUGUUUCUCUCGAUUAGGUAACCUUAAAGUUCACCAGCGCAUACAUACUGGUGAGAAGCCUUACUCCUGUUCUGACUGUGGGAAGAGUUUCAUCUCAUCUUCUGGUCUUAACAGUCAUAAAAUACUGCACACAGGUGAGAAGCCUUACUCCUGCUCCGACUGUGGGAAGUGUUUUGCUUCUUCAUCUGCAAUUAAUUUGCAUAGAAAACGGCAUACGGGUGAGAAGCCUUACUCCUGUUCUGAAUGUGGGAAGUGUUUCUCUCGAUUAGGUAACCUUAAAGUUCACCAGCGCAUACAUACUGGUGAUGAGCCUUACUCCUGUUCUGACUGUGGGAAGUGUUUCUCUCGAUUAGGUAACCUUAAAGUUCACCAGCGCAUACAUACUGGUGAUGAGCCUUACUCCUGUUCUGACUGUGGGAAGUGUUUCUCUCAAUUAGAUUACCUUAAAGUUCACCAGCGCAUACAUACUGGUGAUAAGCCUUACUCCUGUUCUGACUGUGGAAAGUGUUUCUCUCGAUUAGGUUACCUUAAAGUUCACCAGCGCAUACAUACAGGUGAUAAGCCUUACUCCUGUUCUGACUGUGGGAAGUGUUUCUUAGGACCAUCUGUUCUUGCUACUCAUAUGAGACUGCACACGGGUGAGAAGCCUUACUCCUGCUCCGACUGUGGGAAGUGUUUUGCUUCUUCAUCUGCAAUUAUUUUGCAUAGAAAACGUCAUACGGGUGAGAAGACUUACUCCUGUUCUGAAUGUGGGAAGUGUUUCAUUAGAUCGAGUGAACUUACUAUUCAUAAAAGACUGCAUACAGGUGAGAAGCCUUACUUCUGUUCUGACUGUGGGAAGUGUUUCAUUAGAUCGAGUGAACUUACUAUUCAUAAAAGACUGCACACAGGUGAGAAGCCUUACUCGUGUUCUGACUGUGGAAAGGGUUUCUCUCAGUUAGGUCACCUUAAAGUUCACCAGCGCAUACAUACUGGUGAUAAGCCUUACUCCUGUUCUGACUGUGGGAAAUGUUUCCCUCAAAUGUAUUUCCUUAAAGCUCACCAACACACACAUACUGUGAGGGAAAAAAAUAUUUGAUCCCCUGCUGAUUUUAUGUUUCCCCACUGCCAAAGAAAUUUACAGAAUGAGUUGGUGACAUGAAAGGGGAAACAGUAGGAGGGGUUGGGUUGUUCGUAUCACUUAAUACUGGAUGUGUGUUUCUUAAUUUUCAAUCCUUCUGUAUUUGCAUAGAUUCUGUAUGUCGGUAUGAACUAUUGCCUGCAAGCUUUUGUUAAAAACAUAUCUUCUGUGUUCUGUGUCGUUAUUGUGCAUUUGUGUGUUCUGAUCCGACCUUUUGAUACCUAGGGAAUGAAAUUGGAUUUAAUUGCUUUGAAAAAAAAUUUAUGUACAUUCUGCUUAAAAAAAGUUUGAUACUGUGUUACUAGAAUAGACAGCAAACGUAUCUAAGAUCUAGUAGGGCUAGAAGAAUAUGUGGCACAGUUUACCCCGUUAGUUGUCUAGAUGGCAUUUCAUUAUCAGAUUGAUCAAUAAUCUGAUAUUGUUAGUUGUGUUACAGUUUUGAUUGAAAAAAGGUAAAA